AGGGGGAUGGGGCGACGGUGACGCGAAUCUGUCCGCGUUGGAGGGGCAGGGCCGCAGCCAGAGUUGCCGGGGCCGCCGUGUGACGUGGCACAGCCGGAGAAUUAAAGUCAGAGCCUGAGCUGCCGCGCCAGUCGCCAAGCCGGUCCUCCACCCGCUAAUUCCUGUCCCGAAGCUUCACCCGUCACGCCGGCCAACGAGCGGUCCCUGUCGCCCCCUUUCUGCCUCAGGUCUUUCUUUUCCCUUGCGCUCAGUUUGUUGGGAGUGUGAAAGGAGAAGGCCCAGGGACGCCCCGACCCCUUAUUCUGCCCAUCGCAAGUGCCACUACCGCCAUGGGCCUCACCAUCUCUUCUCUGUUCUCCCGCCUCUUCGGCAAGAAGCAGAUGCGUAUUUUGAUGGUUGGAUUGGAUGCUGCUGGCAAGACGACCAUUCUGUAUAAACUGAAGUUAGGGGAGAUAGUCACCACCAUUCCUACCAUUGGUUUUAAUGUGGAAACAGUAGAGUAUAAGAACAUUUGUUUCACAGUAUGGGAUGUUGGUGGUCAAGAUAAAAUUAGGCCUCUCUGGAGGCAUUACUUCCAGAAUACCCAGGGUCUUAUUUUUGUGGUAGAUAGCAAUGAUCGUGAAAGAAUUCAGGAAGGAGCCCAAGUACUGCAGAAAAUGCUUGAGGAAGAUGAGCUGCAAGAUGCAGUGCUGCUGCUUUUUGCAAACAAACAGGAUUUGCCAAAUGCUAUGGCUAUCAGCGAAAUGACAGAUAAAUUAGGCCUUCAGUCUCUCCGUAACAGAACAUGGUAUGUUCAAGCCACUUGUGCUACACAAGGAACUGGUCUGUAUGAGGGACUUGAUUGGCUGUCAAACGAGCUUUCAAAACGUUAAAUAAAACUGGAUAUCUAACCAAGGACACAUUUUGAUAGAAUUGGUCUAGGCUUGUUACAACAAAAUUAGUUUGCAUCUUGGUUAUUAAACUGUAUCUGGGACUGGUUUGGGCAGAAUAUUACAGCGUUUAAACUUAUUUUGUUGCCAAUUAUUGUUUACCAAGUAUAAUGUUGCUCUUUAGCAAUAUGCUUGGUUUUGAAGAAAUUCUUGGGGAAAAAAGUAUCCUCUUUUAAUUUUGACUUCCUUUAAACCUAAAUGCCUGGACAUAGCUAUUGUGACACCUUUAAAUAAAUCAGUUUUGAAUGUU